CUGCUCUCACUAAAAGGACAGUCAGUGAACCACAGCCAUGCUCUCUUCGCUGUCUCAGAAAAUGAGAAUUUACGACUACUAAAAAAACAUGAAAUCAGUUUUAGACGGCCAGGGCGCGUUUUGCCGUACGUUCCACGAACAUUACAGGAUGAAGGAGCGACCCGUUUACUAACACGCACGUAUACAUUGGACGGACACUCUCGAACGGUGCUUUCGGUGAAUGCUAACGGCGCGGUAGUGAUUAGCGGUUCAAAAGAUAGAACGGCAAAAGUAUGGGACCUUGAAAAAAGCGUUGAAAAAUGCACAUUUGGUCUUCACCCAAACAACGUUUCAUGUGUCCGUUUUAUUCCGGCUAGUCAAAUGGCUCUGACGGUUUCGCUGGCCACUGUUCGUAUUUGGGAUCUGAGAAGCGAAGAAUGCGUACGUACACUGAAUUCAUCGGGUCUGGCGGCUGCGGGUAAGCAGCGCAUGCUUUGUACAAAAAUUGUGUCUUAGUA